GUCCUCUCCGCCUCCCAGGUUCUUGGAGCGCCUCCCGAUCCCGUCUCGGGCCGCCCUCCGCUUUGCGCGGAGCCAGGCGAUCUGUCAGCGGAGCCGGUCGGGGGGAGCCGCCCGACCCGCCGGGGCUCGGGUUACCAGUGACUGACAGCGUCUCCAUGGCGAAUAAUUUGACUCCGACUAUUGUCUGGCGCGGGCAGGCCCCGGGUCAGAUAACCAGACCAAUCAGGGCGCGGGCCGCCGCGCCUCAUGCCCGCUUAGAAUAAUAUUAUUAAAAAAGCAGCGAGCGAGCUAGACGGGAGGGAGAGCGAGCGAGAAACGAGCGAGGGAGCGGCGGGCGGGCGCGGAGCAUGCGGAGCGGCGCCCCGGGCGGCCCCCGGGCUUGGACGAGGGCGCGGGCGAGGCGCGCAGGCGGCCGGAGCGCAGAGGAGCGCGGGAGCCGCGGCGGGCGCGAGGACGUACUGCAGUGACUCGGAGUUCGCCCGGAGCCAGCGCGGGGCCAGGGGGCCCGCCCCGCCCGCCUCUCGGCCCCGGACGGCCCGGCGGGGAGGCGCCCAUGCGGGACGGCGCAGCGCGGUGAGGGCGCGCGCGGGCGGGCGGGGGCACAGCCGGCACCAUGUCCAUGCUGCCCACCUUCGGCUUCACGCAGGAGCAAGUGGCGUGCGUGUGCGAGGUGCUGCAGCAGGGCGGCAACAUCGAGCGGCUGGGCCGCUUCCUGUGGUCGCUGCCCGCCUGCGAGCACCUCCACAAGAAUGAAAGCGUGCUCAAAGCCAAGGCGGUGGUGGCCUUCCACCGCGGCAACUUCCGGGAGCUCUACAAGAUCCUGGAGAGCCACCAGUUCUCGCCGCACAACCACGCCAAGCUGCAGCAGCUGUGGCUCAAAGCGCACUACAUCGAGGCGGAGAAGCUGCGCGGCCGGCCCCUGGGCGCUGUGGGCAAAUACCGCGUGCGCCGCAAGUUUCCGCUGCCGCGCUCCAUCUGGGACGGCGAGGAGACCAGCUACUGCUUCAAGGAAAAGAGUCGCAGCGUGCUGCGCGAGUGGUACGCGCAUAACCCCUACCCCUCACCGCGCGAGAAGCGCGAGCUGGCGGAGGCCACGGGCCUCACCACCACGCAGGUCAGCAACUGGUUUAAGAACCGGCGGCAGCGCGACCGGGCAGCCGAGGCCAAAGAAAGGUACGAGGAGAACAGCGAGAACGCCAACUCCAACAGCCACAACCCGCUGGCUGCGACGCUGAACGGCAGCGGCAAGUCGGUGCUAGGCAGCUCGGAGGACGAGAAAACGCCGUCGGGGACGCCAGACCACUCGUCGUCCAGCCCCGCGCUGCUGCUCAGCCCGCCGCCGCCCCCCGGGCUGCCGUCCCUGCACAGCCUGGGCCACCCUCCGGGCCCCAGCGCGGUGCCGGUGCCCGUGCCGGGCGGAGGCGGCGCGGACCCGCUGCAGCACCACCAUGGCCUGCAGGACUCCAUCCUCAACCCCAUGUCGGCCAACCUCGUGGACCUGGGGUCCUAGAGCCCCGCCUGCCUCGACGUGCUCGCCUCGCCGGCUUGGCGCCGGGGACCUGAGAGACGGUGUCAGAGGGCGCCCUGCGGCCGGCGGGCUCCACCGGGUACUGAAAGACCCGCGCGCUGAGCGGGCAGAACCGCCGGCCCAGGCAGGGUGGAUGGCUCUUUGGUUUGGCCUUUGUCUGGGAUUUAUUUUCAACAAGUUGCUUCGGAGGUCGUUUGGAGGCCUGGGACCCGGCCUUGAACCAGGGAAGGGAAUAAAUUAUACACCAUGCUCACACUCUCUCCCUACCUUCUUGCGGCUUCCUUGCUCUUCCCUUCCCUUCCCUUCCUUGCUCUUAUUUCCAGGUCCUUUUCCUUCCCUCUCUCUGGUCCUUUCCCCCUUUCCCUGCCCCUCUCUCUAUAUUUCUGGCUUGUCAAUUCUCGCUAAGUUUCCGUUUCUCUUUUUCUUCGUUUUUCCGGUUCUCCUCUCGCCAGCCUCUCGCACUCCUGGCCCCUGGGUCCGUAUCCCUCAGCCUCUCUCCUCCUGCCUGGACGUCUGUUUGCGCCCUCCUCCCCCACUGCCCUGGCCUGGAAGUAGGAGGGGGAAGAGCAGAGGAACCCGGCCUUCUCCGGAGGCCCUCCGCGGGGUUCGGCGUGUCGCAGGUGUCCGCUGUGCGUAACUUAAGUGAAAGAGAAAGGACCACGGCGAGGAGGCCUCUGCACGCGCCCUUGCCGCUUGCCGAUCUCUCUCUCUCUCUCUCUCUCUCCCCCCAUGAGGCCCGCCACCCUCUCCCCUCUUCCUCCCGGACUGUGGCCACAGUGCCCCCGGCAGAGUGCGCCUCCCGAGCCGCGGACUUGCCGUCUCCCUGUUACGCCCUCAUGUGAAUG